UAUUACUCGAGAGUACCUAAAGAAGAUAAUGAAGAAUGUUCAGGAUCCAACCUGGAAAGGAUUUCAAACAAGACGUCCCUCAGUUCUAGAAGGCCGAUCUGACUGACUACUUUAUCCAUUUUGAGGCUGUUUUCUCAAGGAGUAAUGCUAUACUAAGUUCUAUUAGUAGACAACCUGUACAUGGAAGUCUUGGGCUCUAAGGAUCAUUAGUCUUCGUUUUGAUAAAAUCUGAAACUGAGAGAGCAUCCUCCACAUGAGAAUUAUGAUGACCUGUCACAGGAUGCAUGUUCUUCGACAGUGGUUCCUGGCAGUAGAUGAACACAGCUACAACAAAUUUUCAGACGAAGAAGCAAAAGAAGAGCAAGCAAAACAUGGUCCUACAAGAGGUCAAUUCAGAUGAAAUGCAAUAUUUGAGCUUGGUGAGGAAAAUUAUCGAAGAAGGUGCAACUAAGAAAGACCGAACAGGCGUCGGUGUGAAAUCAAUUUUCGGUGCACAAAUGAGAUUCUCAUUGAGAAAUGGUGUUUUUCCUCUACUCACCACAAAAAAAGUGUUUUCUAGGGGUAUAUUUUUGGAAUUACUUUGGUUUAUUAGGGGUUCAACAAACGCUAAAGAAUUGAGCGAACAGAAUGUUCACAUAUGGGAUGCAAACAGCUCAAAGGAAUUCCUUGAAUCAGUAGGACUCCAUGAUCGUGAAGAGGGGGAUCUUGGGCCUGUUUAUGGAUUUCAGUGGAGGCAUUUCGGAGCCGAUUAUAAAGACAUGCACACAGAUUACACAGGACAAGGUGUCGACCAAUUAAUGGCUGUAAUAAACACUAUUAAAACCAAUCCCAAUGACCGAAGGAUGAUUAUGUGCGCCUGGAAUCCUAUGCAUUUAGACAAGAUGGCUCUACCCCCUUGCCAUUGUUUGGUACAAUUUUAUGUUGCAAAUGGCGAAUUAUCUUGCCAGCUGUAUCAGAGAUCGGCAGACAUGGGCUUAGGAGUUCCAUUUAACAUUGCAAGCUAUGCUCUUUUAACAUACAUGAUUGCUCAUGUUACAAAUCUCAAGCCUGGAGAUUUCAUCCAUACGCUUGGUGAUGCACACGUUUAUUUGAACCACGUAGAGGCCCUGAAAACGCAAUUAGAUCGAGUGCCAUAUGAAUUUCCUACGUUAAAGUUUGCUCGUGAAGUUACAGAUAUUACCGAUUUUAAAUAUGAAGACAUCGUAAUUGAGAAUUACAAAUGUCAUCCAACUAUUAAAAUGCCAAUGGCUGUGUAAAUGUUUUUUAAAUGUAUUGUUUCCAGGUAUUUUUUCUCUAAAAAUACAAAAAAUUCUAAAUACCAACUAAAAGUUAUGUUUAUUUUUCCAAAGAAGGGCCCGAUAAAUUAGUUUAUGAAAGUUCAGCCAGGACUUAUCGGCCCUGAACCCUUUUGUGACAUACCAAAUUGCAAAAAUGUACAUCCAUGACAGGUUAAGAAUAAGAACUCAGUUCAAUGUACCACAGGGCAUGUGAAAAAGUUAAUCAAAGGACUAAACGGCACAACUACUAAAUCUAGGACAUAUUAAGACUUAAAUUAGUGCAACGGCUGGAGGCAUAUGCACUCAAAGCGGCAGAUAUAUGCAGGUUGAAGACAAAACAUUGGAAUACCCUGUUGGGGCAAAUGCUGCAGGAUUCCUACUCCUGGGUGAAGAAAAGUCCUAAAGGAUACAAACUUAACAAAUCUUUGGAAUUUGCUCAAAAGUCUUAACACGAUCAAUGCAGUUUUAAAUUGUACAUUGGCUAUAAAAUAAUGUGAACUAUAUGGUAAAACAAGGAAUAAAUUUGUUUAAAAACAAAUUAAUAAUAACAAUUAAUAUAUUUAUGGUUUUUAUGUACAUAUAAAAGGUAGAGUUUUUCUCUGUUUGUCACUUGAUAAAAAGCUUAUUCAGAAGUACAUGUAGAUAAGUAUUUCAUGGAGAAUAAAAAAAAAAAAAAAAAAAAAAA